AUGAAAGUAGCUCGAUUAGUUCCAUCUUCUCAACCUGAUUUAUUGAAUAUUAUUCUUCGUCUUUUAUUGAAUUUAUCAUUUGAUCGUGAUAUUCGUGCACAAAUUGUUCGUAUUGGUUUAUUACCAAAACUCGUCGAUUUAAUCGAGGAUGAUAAUCAACGUUUAAUAUGUUUAUGUUUAUUAUAUCAUUUAAGUAUGGAUGAUCGAACAAAAGCGUAUUUUACAUAUACAAAAUGCAAUCAACAAUUAAUGAAAUUGAUUAUUGAUUGUAAAGAAGAUAGUCUUGAACCAGAAAUAAUUGCAUUAGCAAUAAAUUUAGCAUUAAAUCCUGGUUGUGCGGAACAAUUAUGUGAAUAUAAACAUGGGAAAGGUUUGAAAUUACUUAUGAAACGAGCUUAUAAAAAUAAAGAUUCAUUAAUUAUGAAAAUGAUACGAAAUAUUUCGUCACAUGCUUCACCUGAUAUUAAAAAUCAAUUUAUCGCAUUUGUUGGUCCAUUAGGUGAAACAUUAGUUACAGAAAAUGAUGAAGCAUUUCUUACUGAAGUUGUUGGUACAUUAGCUAAUUUAACAAUACCGGAUAUUGAUUAUCAAGCUCUAAUGAGUGAAUAUGGUCUUGUUGAUUGGAUUAAAUUGAAAUUAAAACCUGAUUCAGCAAAUGAUGAAUUAUCAUUAAAUGUUGUUGUACUUGUUGGGACACUUUGUGCGGAUGAUGCAUGUGCUGAAGUACUUGCUAAAAGUGGUAUUAUUCAAAUUCUUAUUGAACUUUUACAUGCUCAACAAGAAGAUGAUGAAAUUGUACUACAAAUAUGUUAUGUAUUUUAUCAACUGUGUUUUCAUAGAUCAACUCGUAAUGUUAUUAUUAAAAAAACAGAUGCACCAGCUUAUUUAAUUGAUCUUAUGCAAGAUAAAAAUAAAGAAGUACGACGUGUUUGUGAUAUGACACUUGAAAUAAUUAGUGAAUGUGAUCCAGAAUGGGCAAGUCGUAUUACAGUUGCUCGAUUUCGUAAUCAUAAUCAAGCAUGGCUUGAAGCUAUUGAAGGACAACAAGUAUCAUAUGAGGAUGAUGAUGAACCAUCACCGGUUAAUAAUGCCGGAGGUUAUGGUUUUGAUUCAAUGGCAUUUGGUGGAGGAGAUCAAGAUGAAUAUCUUGAUCCAUUUGCUUAUGACGAUGGUUAUCCAUUAGAUGGUCGAGAAUCACCCGAUGUUAAUCAUUGGAAUUCAAUUAAUAGUGGCGGUGAUAUGGAUAUUGAUAGAGAACCAUACACAUAUAUGCGUGAUGAUUAUAUGAAUAUGGAUAUUGAUGCAGCUGAUUUUACAUAA